UUGGCUGCGCAACCGGAAGUAAACAUCAUGUGACGUUGCAGAUCAGCUGAUCCUCCGUAGACAUCUUUACGAGUCACGACUGCGGCGAUUAAUUCAUACCUCUCCGUCUGUUCACGUUCGGGCCCCGCGCGGACAACAGCUGCGACCAUGGCGCUCAGCGAUGCCGACGUUCAGAAGCAGAUCAAGCACAUGAUGGCCUUCAUUGAGCAGGAGGCCAAUGAGAAGGCAGAAGAAAUUGAUGCAAAGGCCGAAGAAGAGUUCAACAUCGAGAAAGGCCGGCUGGUCCAAACUCAGAGGCUGAAGAUCAUGGAGUACUACGAGAAGAAGGAGAAGCAGAUCGAACAGCAGAAGAAAAUUCAAAUGUCAAACCUGAUGAACCAGGCUCGACUGAAGGUGCUGAAGGCCCGGGAUGACAUGAUCUCGGAAAUGCUCACCGAGGCACGCCAGCGGCUCGGGAAUGUGGCAAAAGAUCCAGCCAGGUAUCCGGGGCUGCUGGACGGGUUGAUCUUACAGGGAUUAUACCAGCUUCUGGAGAGCAAAGUGACUAUUCGCUGCCGUAAACAGGACAUUCAGAUGAUACAGGCCUCCAUCCAGAGGAAUACUCCUAUAUAUAAAAUGGCCGUGAAGAUCAACAUCGAGGCCCGCAUCGACCAGGACACCGUCCUCUCCCCCGACAUCUCCGGAGGUGUUGAGAUCUACAACAGCAACGGGAAGAUCAAGGUGGCCAACACCCUGGACAGCAGACUGGAGCUCAUGGCUCAGCAGAUGAUGCCUGAAAUCCGAGGGUCUCUCUUCGGUGCCAACCCAAACCGCAAGUUCCUGGACUAAAGAGCUCCUUCCCCGUAUUAGAGGAAACAACAACAACUCUCCUUUGUAUUUUUUAUUUUGUCACAUGAAAAGUCAUUCCUCCGUCUGUGAAACGAAUUAUCCGCUGCAAAUAAGAGACGCGUCGUCGUUGUUGUGUGAUGUGUUGCUGUAUAUUUCUUGGGUUAUUGUGUUUUGCUAAUGGCCGACCUGCGCCAAGCAAUUACUGAGAAAAUAAAUGGUAUCCGUGACUCAGAAGCCCGUACAUGACCUUACAGAGUUAAUUUAUUGAUGUGUGUUAUUCUGUCAUGAAUUAAAAAAACGAGUGGGCGACAUCAUUCCAGAGGGUGCGCCGUAUGUAUCUGAGGUUUCCAGAUUAAAUUAUACGUGUUUUUUUUCUUCUUUA